UUAAGUAGGCUUAACCUUUCAAUCAUUCGUAUACUCAUCAAAUUAAGACACAUAAAAUUUUCUAGUGUUUCAAACACAAAUUCGAAUCCCUCAACAAUUCCAAAUUAUUUGCGAUGAGUCUACAAAGAAUUGAGAAAAUUUAUUGUUAUGCAAAGCCUUGCAAGAGCCAUCUUCAACUACUAUCAUCCAAACCGAGAAUGCACCCGAGAGGGAUCCAUUCCGAAACGUUAAUUCAAAGAAAUAAUUUCAUUUCACCGAAAAGUGGCGAUAGCGAAAAUCGCAAUUCCUACAUUGAAUCGUUAUGCAAAUCAUUUGACCUGUCAUGUGCUACCAACCAUUCCCCGUUCGGCAAUUUGACAAGGGAUAAGAAGAAAGAGGAAGAACCGAUUUCCGUGCCAGUUAAUAAAGAACCGUGCAAAAAGUGUGCAAAAAUCCGCAGCAAUAUAAGGAAAUUUUUCAACACCAAAUUCGCAACGGAAAUUAAGGCGGACGAAACGGAAACCGGUGUCCAAGACAAACCCAGAACCGUUCCAAUGCACAUCCAUAUAGACGAACGGAAUCAGAUCACUUUAGUCCCCGACUGUUAUAACAUCAAACCACAUACUGGUUCUAAACCACACAAAAUUGAAAAUACGGUUGUAUGUUUCGGUUGUGAUCAGCCGCAGCGUGAACCGUCGAUCCGUGGACCGCCGAUAAUCAGUCCAGUGUGCCAUGUGAAUGCUAGUCCGACCGGAGAAGUUUAUAAAAAUUUCCCCGAAAGUGUUAAGAGUGUUAAGAAGAUCGUGAAAAUCGAUCGACCCCGGAGUCUAGGACUGAAACGUCCUCCCCAAAAUUAUCAGCCCAGCGAGACGUCGGUCCAUGAAACGAAAAAGCAGUACGGUCGAUAAACUCAUGUUGCAUUCCAAUAUCGAAACGAUUAAAUUGACAGGUUGUUCACAUAUUUUUCGUCAAUAAAACAAUAUAAAAUUCGACAUUGCAGC